AUGACCGGAGCAGAGGCGACAGACUCAGGUAACCUAGUUGUUGGAUGUUGUAUGAUUGCGGGAAAACCCCGAUGUGUGCUAUAUGAUUCUGGAGCGACACACUCUUUUGUGUUAGAGUCUUGUGUGCAAGAGUUGAUUCUGCCGGUUUGUGAGCUACAAUUUGAUCUUGUGGUAUCUACGCCGGCAUCUGGGUUGGUCAGGACAUCGUUCGUGUGUGCUAGGUGUCCAGUAGAGGUAGAGGGGCGCAUGUUUAAAGUUAACCUGAUAUGCCUACCUCUACAAGGCUUGGAUGUGAUUCUAGGGAUGGAUUGGCUCUCUGCCAAUCGCGUCCUCAUAGACUGUCGGGAGAAGAAGCUGUUGUUUUUCGACUCAGAGGAGCCUGAGUUUAUGUCUUUUCAGGGUGUUUUGAAGGAGAUCCGAGAUGGUGCGCUGUGCUACAAGAUUUUUGCUCAGUUGAAGGUUUAG